GUCCCAUCUGCCACACGCAGGUCCCCGAGGGGCCCCUGUACCGUACUGGACCCACAUUGUCACAAUCGUGCACCGCAUCACGCUUUGAAUUCGCUUUUUUGGAGAGAGAAACAGAGAGAGAGAGAGAGACAGACAGACAGACAGACAGACAGAGAGAGAGAGAGAGAGACACAGUAUCUCCCACACACACUCGCUCACACUCGCGCCCUCCCCUUCCUCCGUGCGCAAAGGAGGACUCCAGAGUUCUGCUGAACUUCUCCAGAGUGACGGGCUCUUUCCGGAGUGACGGGCGGGAAUCGUUCCAAGUGUGCGGCCGCGAAAGCCAUGUAGCAAUGUUAGAUAAGGAACUAUAUUUUAAUUUAUUUUCAGUUUUUAUUAUCAUAAGGUUUCUGAGUCUGGCGACAUGGAGUCCGAGACGGGACGAAGCAAUGGGAUCCUGCGUGCGGUUUGAAGAUCGAGGUUUGUUCUUUUGAAGUCAUUAUUUUCUUCUUCUUCUUCUUCUUCUUCUUCUUCUGCUUCUUCUUCUUCUUCUUCUUCUCAGCGGGUUUAGCUGACAAAUUGGCUGCUUUACUGUACAGCCUACUAAUUACAGCCAUGAGCGGUCGCCUCUUUUACCGGAUAGGAUCGCACUUCACAGCUGAUUAUGCUACCGAACCCGGAGGAAGGCUUAUUUUCUUUAAGCGAUCUCGUACAGGUGUUUUAUCCAAUAUUCAAAUUUUUAUAGCUCAUAAACCAUUGCUUUCUUCUUCACUUUAUUUUAAUGUUAUCUGUUUCUCUUUUUUAUUGGUGCUUCAUUACAAAGCAGUGAUGACACGCACGUUUCAUGCAGUUUAUGCUCUGUGCAAAGUCUGGACGGUAUGGCUAAAAUCAGAUGAAAUUUAUCUGGACCCAUACUAAUGACAUAAUAUUUUAAUAUGAUGCUUGCAUGGAUCCACAUGCAAUCCUUGUAUGUUAUAUCUACAGUAUCUACUCUCAUGAUAAUGACUAAAUAAUUAGGCUAAUAACAUAAGGUUUCUCUAUAGUUUUUUCUUGGUAAAAUUUAAACUGAUACGCUGAGAACUCAUCAGAUUUUCUGCUUGUAUAGUCAAAUUACUUCCGUUCUCAGAGAAAAUAUACAUUUUGAUGAAUUGAUGUCUCUAUAAAAUAUAUAAUCCAGAACCUCCAAAAAAAAUGGAUGAUGUGCCCAGAAAUGGCCUGAGGUGGGAUUUUAGUGCCAGUAAUUGCGUUCUAAAUCAGCUUAGGGAAUAAACUUAUAAACGGAUUACUGGCUAUGAAGGAAUGUUUCAAUAAUGGCCCCUGAACCAGGCUUUACAUCUGAUGGUUACAACACUCUAAUCUUAAAAGAUGAACAGAGUGAUUGACAGAAAAAUGAAUGGGCUUUACUCCAAUUUUUAAUAAGAAUUAAGAAUUUAAGAAAAUGUGUCCCAAAGGGAGGCACAGUGGUACACCCCUGUUACCAACAUUUAAAGACACUCACUUUAUUUUAUUUGUUUAUUUAUUUUAAGGCAGCGAAACUGCGAUGAUUCUUAAAUUAUUUAACCUACGGCUCUAUAGUGUCAUUUACAGAUUAAGCUUACAAAUUAAACAUUCCCGAGUCGAUCCAGGAAGGAGAUAUAAAUCCCUUUGGGGUUAUCAGGAAGGGAAUCUGGUGUAAAAAGAAAUCUGCCAAAUUAAACAUGUGGAACUACUGGCUGUGGUUUUCUAUUUAGUUUAAAAUGCAAGAAGAAUAAAUAUAAUUGUAAUAAAUAUAAUUUUCAAACUUGUUGCUUUUUUUUAAAUGGAGAUGUCAUAAAAUACAUUUAAAAAGGAUUAUCCUGUAACAACAAAAGACUUAGAAAUAGUCCUCAACAUAAAGUGAGGAAUAAUUUUUGAAUUUCAUUUUCUGUGGUGCAUAAAACUAUGAAACAAUUCAGAGAAUAGAGAGAAAUCUUUUCACAUAAAGGAAAAAGCCAAAAGUGAUGAUUGGGCUUUUGGACAUUUGCAUUAAACAAGAAAAAGAAAUAUGGUGGAAAUCACUUCACAGCUCAGAAACACUGCUAACAACCACUGAGAGUGAGCACAGUUUUUGCUGCAUUCAGAAAUACAAGUGAAAGUUUUAUUAUGCAAAGACAAUACCAUAAACACUAUAUGCCUCUCUGGGUCUGAGUCAUCUAAAACAGGCAGGUGCAGAGACUAUCAUUGCACAGAUACAAGCCACAGUCUGUGAAACUUGCCAUGAAGGAACCAUUAAUACUAAACAGCAUAUACAGUUUUUAGGUUCUGAGCAAUAUUUUCCAGCUAAAUCCUUUCAACCACAGACCCUGUAAGAAUCUGGGUGCUGAACUGGCCUGCCUGGAGUCCAGUGCUGUCAAUCUCUGAAAACAUUUUUGUCAUGAAAUUGGCUCUGAAAUUUCAAUCUGCUGGCAUAUCAAGCACACCUGGGGGGGAAAUGCCAUUCACAAGAGCAAUUUGUCUCUGUAGUUCCCAAAGGUGAGAAUGUUAUGAAAAGAAGAGGUGACACAACACAGUGGGAAACAUAUCCCUGUUCCAACAUCUUUGAAAUGUGUUUUUGGCAUCCAUUUCAAACUGUCACGUCCCAAAAUGUGCUGUUAUUUUCCACAAAGCAAUGUUUCUCAAUAUCUGAUACGUUGUCUAUGAAGCGAGUCAAAUGCAGGGUUCAAAUGAUUUGCAAAUCACUGCAUACAGUUUUUUAUUUAUUUAUUUAUUUUUUAAGACAAACUUAUAAGUACAAAAGUGAAAGCCCCGCUGCAGGCACAUUAAGCCCAUUAGGCCCAUCCCAUGUUUAAAGUAAGACAAUCAAGGCUACAGGUAGCUCAGGUAUUACUUGCGGUUUAGCCUUCAGGACUUCAAAAGACACUCCUCAUGAUUAUUCUGAACUGUCAAAACAUGUCCAUAAAACCAAGCUCAGCUUGGAGUCUAGCACUGCUCUCCCUGCUUACACUGUGACCCCCUCACAGUUGGAUGUUGACCUCUGCAGGGGGGUGGGUUUUGGCCUAAGCUGAAAGCUACAGAGGCAGGAUUCUGAGAAAAAACUUGCGGAAAUGCCUCUCGCUGACGGCUUUUCCUGCAGGAAGCAGAAGAACUGUGAUCUAAACUUGGAAAGUGACAAAAGGAUAUGAACAGGAACUCCAGACAUUUCCUAGAUAUAUUGAAAAGAUGGCUUCUUUGUUCAGAAAACACCCUUAAUAUUUGGAAAUGCCUUAUACUUUACAUUACUGUCAGCCCUGCUUAAUCAUUUUCACUCAGGAGCUUGCAAAUGGGAUGUUUUUAUGCCACACUGCUACACUACACUAUUUCUGCACAAUUCCCCCUUUCAUUUUGAUUGAUCCCAUAACUGAACAGCCCCAGAGCCUUUCAGGUUACCUUAGUCAUUCUACAAAGGCGAGACGUGUGAUGCCUAAUAGCACUCUACUCACAUAAACACCCACCGGUCUGCCAAUUUGUAUCGAUACAAGUAGUCUUACAUCGUCUUAGCAACAUGUGGCUGAGUCACAGCAGCGAUUACAACGAUCAGACUCUCGUCUGUCCUAGUUACAGCUCACAGUAUCAUGUGAGACCAUGCCGCAUAAUUAAACGUGCAACAUGUCAGUGCAGCCCAGAGCAGCCUCAUAAAAAUUCCUGCGGCAAGAGUGACAAACUGUUGUUUGGCAUUAAAGUUUACCUCUUCAGUUGCAGAUGCUUUAAAUUAAAGGUAUAAUUGUGAAUUGUUUGGCUGUCGGGGAAAUCUUAACCCUGAAAUGUUAACUUUGAUAUGCUAAAUUAGCUCUGCUGGUCCUUUUUCUUUUGCCUGGUCAAUGUGAAAAUGUGUGUUGUCACAGGCUGUGGUCCACUGUUUGCUAGUUUACCUCACAAGGUGAUGGUAAAAAUUGAGGAUAAGCAGAAACAGAGUUCCUGUUGUACAUGUUUAUUAUUUUAAAGUUGGAAAUACCACUAAUGCCUAAUAACAUCUCUUAUUUAUAUUCUAGUAAUUCUAAUAUUCUUGUCUGUUUAAAAUGCCUGUUUCUGUUUGGGCUGCUAUCUAUGCAAUGCACAAUCACUGUCUCUGUCCCUGUCACUCCUCGUCUCAGAGGUUUCUGUCAGAGCACCACACUGUGGUGGCUUCAGGUCCUACAACUGUCAGGUGAAUCAUAAACCUGGAAACAGAAGCAAAAUGCCACUACAUGUGUUUUCUUGGUCUCUAGUAUCUUGUGGAAUUUAGUACAUUGGUCCAUUAGUAAGAUAAAUAAUUAUACAGUAAAAAUGUUAUCGCAAAACAGGAAUAAGUGAUUUUAGUGUUUUCGGGUUUUUUUCACAAAGAGCAGUGUGUUUCUUCUGUCCGUUUCAUCACAUCUAUCACAUCAUCAAAUCUAUUGAUUGCUUAACAGGAUGUUUUUGUGAUGGUGGACGGACUGGUGCCAAUCAUGGAGCCUGAGCUGAACUGCAGCUCCCAGUGUGAGUCCCCAUUUUGCUUCAUCCAAUCUGGAGUCAGCAGGCAGGACAGCCUCGACGUUCUGCAGAGGCUAUGCAGUCUCAGCACGAUGGUAGCAGAGCUCCCGAGGCGCUCUCUCUCAUCGGUGCUAAUUGCUGUGGUAUGGACGCUCCUCUCCUGUGGAAUCCUGUUGGCAUUUUGCUUCCUCCUUUUCACCCUGCGCUUCAAAAACAACAGGAUAGUAAAGAUGUCCAGCCCCAACCUCAAUGCCCUGACUCUCUGUGGAAGUGUCCUCACCUAUAGCAGCGGUUUCCUGUUUGCCGUCGAAGAAAGUGGAGCAUCUAUAGCUGUUCUACAAACUCGCAUGUGGAUGCUUUGUGUAGGCAGUACCCUGGUGUUUGGCCCAAUUUUGGGGAAGACAUGGAGACUGUACAGGGUGUUCACGCAGCGCGUGCCGGACAAGAGAGUGAUAAUCAGGGACAUCCAGUUGAUGGGUAUGGUGGCUCUGUUGAUCCUGGUGGACAUGCUGAUUCUCACCGCUUGGAACCUCACCGACCCCAUCAGGUGCUCACGAUCUGUGGGAGCUGUUGUCAAGGUGAUGGAAAGAGAUGUUUCCUACUCGUUGUCGCAGCUGGUUUCUUGUACUUCUUUGUACUCAAAUCUGUGGAUCAUUAUUGUUGCUGUCCAAAAGGGUUGUCUUCUCCUCUAUGGCACUUAUCUAGCUGGACUGACAAGUAAUGUCAGCCAUCCCCCAGUCAACCAGUCUCCUACAAUCAUUACAUGCGUCACUUUGGUCACCUGCUCCUCCGCCGUUGCCACCCCCGUGUCCAUCUUCCUGCAGACUUGGCCCAACCUGGUCUACAGUACUGUGGCUGGAGCCAUCUUCAUCUGCACGCUGGCUACAAACUGCAUGCUGUUUGUGCCUCAGCUGACCCAGUGGCGACAGUUUGAAGAAGAUCAGAACAACCCGAGUCAGAUGGCCAAGUAUUUCAGCAGCCCCAGUAAGAGUCAGCCAUCUGUGUACAGUCAGGAUGAAAUCUUCUACCUGCUGGGGGAAAACAGCUCAAUGAAGAAACUCCUUAAUGAGAAGAACGCCGUGAUCGACAGUCUCCAGGAGCAGGUGAACAACGCCAAGGAUAAACUCCUGAGACUCAUGUCAGCGAGCCAGCACCCUGAGGACCAAGACAUGGACUCCUCUGCCACUAACCUCAACUCAUCCUCCACUCAGACGACCGAGCUCCAGUCGGAAGGCCCCUCUACUUGUUCUCAAUCUCAGAAAGACACUAAAUCAACACUCUCGCCCUCUGCUCUCUCGCCUCACCUCACUGCUGCUCAUGGUUCAUUAUCUGCUGUUACACCGUCCUCUGCUCCUUCCUCUAUUUCAAACUACUCCGCUCCCAUUUCUGUUUCCUCCCCUCUUCCCACCAAAAUCCCUGCUUGUGAAACUCAAAACAAUGCAUCUGCUCUCAAACGGGACGCAUCCCUCCCGUUUAUGGGUUUACUCAGGACACCAGAGGAGACAGUUCAAUUUGUGACCUCUCUACAGUACCGACGAGGGUUGAACCCCUCUAUGGCUGAAACCUUUGGUAGUUAUAGUGGCCUAAAUAUUCAGGUGGGACCAAAUACUAAACCAGCUGGUUUUGUUAGUAGCGAACAGUUGCAGGAGAUCCUACAGGAACUCAGCGUGGAUGCAAUCACGGAAACCACGCUUCGAUCUCCCGAUCAGGCGCCCAGGAUACCUUCUCAGCAAAAACUGACCAGAGACUCUACACUCUCCCCUCUCUCCCCACGGACACCCUGCUCCCUUCCCUCUCCUGCACUCUUUCGCUACCCUAGCAUCUCGCCUUAUACCAUGAGAAAAAGGCGGCGGCCCUUUCACUCCUCCAGAGGAGGUUUAGCUCCUCCCUGCUUCUACACAGGCUCUGAGGUUCCUGGCUGUGCAAGAGCAAGAGACACAUGUGCGCUCCCAAGUCCAGAAGAUAUUACUGUGGAUGAUAACUGUAUCCCACAUCACAACAGUGACCUUGAAGAGGGAAAGGAGGAGGAGGACACGAAAGUGCGUGAAGUAGUGAGAACAUGUCAGGGGUGUGUUUCAAGGCUCCCGAGAUGUUCGGUCGUGCAUUGUGAAGAACAAAACCGUAAAGCUCCAGAGGAUGUGGGAGCAGGCGGUGAUAACGAGCAGCACCGCAGACACAUUCGAGACUCAUGUGGGUACUCGGACUCAGACUCCAGCAGCUCAACCGAUUACUGCUACUACCACCGUCCUUACUGUGACUCCUGCCUGCAGCGAGGCUCCCUCCUGUACUCAGACAGCUCCUCAGACUCCUCUGACAGCGAGUAUGAUGACUACUUGAGCCUCUACCGCUCACCACGCCCUGUGGUAUUCAAAGAAGACCUCAAACCCACCUUCGUAUGAACACGUUUACUGCACUUUACACAUUUAUCCAGUUCCAAAACUUGAAUGAAUAUUCUCAGAAAGGUUGCUAAAACGGAUGUACUUCUGUGAUGGGGGACAUUCGACAGUAGCUUACAGUAUAGGAACUUUACAUCCCAGAGAUUGUUGUUUUUCUGUGUUGCACCAUAGGUCACAGUGACUGAUUUAUGAGACUAAAACUUUUGUAGCUUAAAAACACAUAAUGCUGUUUACUUUUUAGUUACUUGUGGCAUUAUUUGGAUUAUUUGGAUUACUAUUUCUACUGUCUGAUGAAAACCUUUGACACUUACAGUACUGUGCAAAAGCCUUGAGUUACUCAUUUAUUUAUAUUUAGUUUCUUUUAAUUCUUUGAGUGGUUCUGAAGGACAUUUGUCUUUGGACAUUGGCUGCUUUUUCUUUCUUUUUCACAUGAGACGCAUGUUUUUUUCUGUGUUUGUUUUUUGUUAAUCUUUUUAACACUUACCUUUGAAUAAUUCAAACAUAAAAAGUGUUUGAUGACAAUGAUAACAGACAACUUAUCAAAAAAUUUUUUAAAUUGUAUGUUUAGGCACUUUGUUACUAGCAGCCGUUCCAAAAUGCAUAAUUUGUUUCCAUUUCCUUAAUCCAUAAAAAUAAAUGCCGAAGAUAACACAUUUUCACAGAUAUAAAACACAGUUUUUGCACCACGAAUUGAUUCUCAAGGUGCUAUCAGCCCACGAUAUUUCUUAUGAAUUAUAGUUUCAGUUUUCCUCAACAUAUAUGUGGGAGACCAGGAGAGAGGUGCAACAAUGAGUGCCUACAGCCAUCUGUAAAACACCGCGGAGGCUCUGUCAUGGUUUGGGAUUUCCUUUCAAGUAGUGGUUUUGGAGAUCUUGUCAAAAUUGAUGGAAUUAUAAAUGCAGAGCCCCAGCUCGGACAGUCUUGGUUGUUGUGUCCUUGUUGUGUCCUUGGGCAAGACACUUCACCUACCGCCUACUGGUGAUGGCCAGAGGGGCCGAUGGCGCAAUAUGGCAGCCUCGCUUCUGUCAGUCUGCCCCAGGGCAGCUGUGGCUACAACUGUAGCUUGCCUCCACCAGUGUGUGAGAGUGAAUGAAUAGUGGAAUUGUAAAGCGCUUUGAGGGCCCCAAAAAGCGCUAUAUAAAUGCACUCUAUUAUUAUUAUUAAAAAACAUCCAAAGAAGAGUUUUUUUGUCCUUCAAGAAGCCCGGAGAACUAUUACUGAAGACUACUUAAAGAAAUUACAAGAAAGCUUGCCUAAGAGAGUUCAGCAUGUGUUAAAGAAUAAAGGUGGUCAUACUUGUACAAACUCUGUUUCUUUCCUUAUAUACUGUAUUUCUAUUUAUAUUUAUGCAUCUAUUUCAUAUUUUCCUGGCAAAAUAUUGUGAACUGAGGAAAUCAGGACUUUUGCACAGCACUGUAGACAGGUGCUUUGUUAGUUAACUCAUGUAAGUUCUCAAAAUAUACUGACAGAAGAGACACAAUAAUGAAAAAUGACAUAAACAGAUGCAACAUAAAAGGUUUUCACAGAACAAAUGUGCGCUCUAUUAUCAAUUGUGCAAUUCUGUAUUUAUUUCUGUAUUUAUUUGUUGAUGUUUUGGUGCCCAGAAUUACUUUAUGUUUCUUUUAUUAUAAACAUUCCUUAAAAUGUU